AUGUCUUCGCCUACAUCAUACCGACAACCACACGACUUACACUGGACCGAGCACGUCAGCCUUGACCUUUUCCUGCGCGCUCUCCAUAAGACGUUCCUCCACCCGUUCAUCGCAUGGCUUAUUCCGCUAUGUCUCCGCGCACAAGCCACCCCGUACUCUCAUCCUGCAUUCAUCACCACGGUCGCAUAUGCCUCCCUCCUCUCGCUAGUCGUCCUCCUCGCAAUGGUGAAUAGACGCAUUGCGUAUGGACUGCCGCGCACUGUGGAUCUAGAAGAGGAGGUGGUGGUUAUUACCGGCGGCGCCAGCGGGGUGGGAUUGCUGAUUGCGAAGAUAUAUGGAAUGAGGGGUGUGAGUGUUGCGGUUCUGGAUGAGAAAACACCAGACAGAGAGGGUAAAGACGGCCUUGGAUUUGAGGAAAUGCCCAGUGUGGAAUAUUAUCGAUGCAAUGUAGGCGACGAGGCCCAGGUGGAAGAGGUAGCUAGGAGGAUAAACAAUGAUCUCGGAACGCCAACUAUUCUCAUCAAUUGCGUCGCUGCAUCCAUCAAUGGCCUUCCUCUUCUUUCCCUCUCUAGUAACGCUAUUCAAAAAACUAUCAACGCAAACCUCAGCUCUUUUUUCCAUACCUUGCAAGCCUUUCUUCCCGGCAUGCAAGAGUCCCCUAAUGGCGGCACAAUCGUGACUGUUAGCUCAGUUCUAGCGUACCUUACGGCAGCUGGUCUGUCGGAUUAUACAGCUACCAAGGCUGCUAUCACUGCCGUUCACAAAACUGUAGAGGCAGAGCUCGCGUUAUCCGGAGCAAAUGUGAAAGUGAAGAUGCUACUUGUGGAGACGGGACAAAUAGCAACUCAAUUAUUUGAACGGAUUAAAACCCCGAACAAAGUUUUUGCACCCGUCUUAGAACCUGUUCAAGUCGCCCAGAAAAUUGUGUCUGUUAUUGAUAGUGGAAACGGUGGGCUUAUCCGGAUGCCAGCUUAUGCAUCUUUGGUUAGCUGGUAUACGGUCCUUCCAGCGUCAAUCCAGAAACUCGCUAGAUGUCUGAGCGGGAUUGACAAAGCAGUCCAAAAAGCAGGAUAUUCGGCGGACGAAAAAAAGGAGGCGUUGAAACUUUCGUAA